UCUUUGAUAUCUUAUUUGAUAAAAAAAUUCCACAUUCAUACAAAUAUGCGCAUGCUCACAUAUGUAUAAUUAUACGUAGGUAUAUUUAUGAGAUCGACGCUUUCAGCAAGAAAAGUAUAAGGACAUUCGAGAAACGAAACUCAAUACAGUGUUAGCAAUUUUAAUUUCUAUUUUUCUAUGCAAAAUUUAGUGAAAUUAUAUAAAUGGAAAAGUACGUGAAUAGUAGGGUAACGACUGUAACAGUAUCAGUAAAGAUGAUUGUAGAGGGGUCUUAUAUGGAGUUCCUACGGGACUUACAACAGUCAGUCAGUCAGUCGGUCGGUUGAUCAGCCGGUCUUUCGUCCGUUCCUACGAUCUUUAAAAUUUCAUGAAAGAAUCGUAGGUGUAUCGAUGUUUUCGGCGAUUGAUCGAUAUUCUCGGAUUUCAUUAUUAAUUAAUAAGAGCAUAAAAGAACAGAACGAUCAUUUUUGUGAUUAAGAGCAAUGCGAAAGUCCAGAGGACUUUUCGCAAUCGUUUGCGGUCUUUUGUUGUCAUUUUCAGUAAACACUUGUGGAUGGUCGUUGGAUUUAUUCGGUUGGGGAACCAAACAAGCAGAGAUACUUGAUUUAAAAAUACGUUCCAGGGUUCUCAACUUUUUUCCUAUCCCAGUAGAAGAAGAGUGUUUAUCUUCGGAUAAACGACGACGUGGGAUAUGCAUGAACACGUACCAUUGUCGUAUUCAAAACGGAAAAUCAUAUGGACCAUGUGCUCUUGGAUUUGGUGUUUGUUGUAUAUUUACGGCGAGUUGCGAUCAAGAGGUGCAAAAUAAUCUGACCUACGUGACCAGUCCUGGUUUCCCGAACCUCAUCGACCGACCCAUGAACUGCUCGGUAGUCGUCCGGAAGAUCGAUAGGCAGGUCAGCCAAUUGAGGAUCGACUUCAUACACUUCAACAUAGGUCAACCUAAUAGAAGAACUGGCAUCUGUGACGAAGAUAUUAUGGAAAUUAGGAAUGGUAAUAGGUCGUCUUUAAGAUUGUGUGGGUGGAAUAGCGGGCAGCACAGUGAGUAUAACACACUAUUCUCUUCUUUCGUAGUUUAUUUAAGAAAUAUAUUAUAUAGAUACGUAUUCGUGCGGUCAGUAUAUUUAGACGUAAACGAGGCCGACGAACCUGUGACCCUUGACUUUAAGCUACCGAAUGGACUUCAUUCGCGAAUGUGGGAAAUGAGAGUGAUCCAAUUGGGUUUCGAAGAUCGUGCACCGGCCGGCUGCCUUCAAUACUUUCGUUCACCUAAUGGUACCCUUAAAACUAUGAAUUAUCUACCAAAUGGGAGAUUUUUAGCUGAUCAGGACUAUUUAGUUUGCGUUCGUCAAGAAAAGGAAAUGUGUGGUAUUUCUUACACUCCUUGUUCGAAAGAUUCUUUUCGAAUAGGAGCUUCGAGAUCAGAACAAAUUGAAUCGAAUGCUACAACCACUGUUUCCAGAAGAAAAGCUAAUAACAGUACCAACGGUAGUAAUAACGUUAACGGUAAUUCUACUGACGCUGGACAAACGGAUUUUUUAAUGGAAGGAUCUGGAAGUGGUCCGGAUGGACAAGAGACUGUUACACCUUUAACUGUUAUAACUAGAAGAUGCAGAGACAAAGUUCUUAUACCUUGUGAUUUCGAGGAAUUUAUCACGCCCGGCAACAAUGGUGUCGGAAUUUGCAAUCUCGAACAUUGCGGAAAUUCGUUGUGCGAACGAGACGAGCUAGACACCGAUGGAAAUUGUCGUGUGGAGACUUGGGCAACGCCCUUUCGUAUAAGGGUUGCGUUUGGUCCUGGAGAGGAUACAGGGACAACACUGGAGGAUAAUGUUGGCAUGUGUCUUAUGUAUGAACAGCUACGAUGUGUACCUUAAACGUUUCAAUGGUGUGAUCUUGUGUAGCGUUAAAUUGCGAGAGUAAAAAGGAGGAACGUCUUGAUGAAUGAAAUUGAAAGAAGAGAAAAGGGAUUACACUUGAAGGAAUUGAAGAGGAAGAUACAUAUUUGUAUACUAGACAAGUGUGUCAAAGAGUCAAAUAGUUUUUAUUUACAAACAAACUAGCUUAAAUCGUAAACGCAGCGCACAACUCUCGGUACAAUAAUAGAUAUAUAUAUAUAUAUAUAUAUAUAUAUAUAUAUAUACAUAUAUAUAUGUAUAUAUAUAAUUCGCCUUUUUUAUUUUAUAUUAUUUUUUUGUUUUAUUCAUCCGCUCGGUCCCCUCGAUACCUCCCGAGAUUUUCGUCGGCGAUAUUGCGUGGUAACGUACAACGUUCGUACGAGAUUCGACGCGAACCUAUUUCCAGAGUUAGACUUCUCUUCUCGUCGAGCGGCAUGUUACAGCUACAUCGUGUUACGUGAUGCGUCACGAAAUGUGCCGACGAUCACAAGGAUCAUAGCGAUAAUGAUGACGAUGUUACAAGAAUAGAAAUGAUAAUGCUUGUUAAUACGGUUACGUUGACGACACGUAUUGUAUUUAAUGUAAAAUUCGUCUUCCUCUUUGGUGCUAAUACACACGUUCGACAUGUUGGGAGAUUCCGCGCAUGUUGUUUCUUCUCUCUCCCCUUUUCCAUUUAUAAUAAUAUUGAAUAAUCAUAACGUGAUUAGCGAUUAAUUUGCGAUACCACAUCAUCGACGACAGCUCGACGUUGGCGUUCGUUAAGAAAAAUCGUACAACUCUAUCUACAAAGUCAAAAGGACUGAUAAAACGUGUAAAAGGGCGGUGGUCAACGAAUGCGAGUGAGAGUGUGUUUCUUUUUAUGUGUAUAUGUUCAUGUGUGUUUCUGUUUUCACAUACGAUUCGGUGUGUCUCGUACGUUAAUCGUCGAUAUGACGUGCAUCAUUUCGUGCAUCGCUUCAAUCCAUUCGACUUGAUCUUAUUAAAAAUUUCAUUAAAGAGUUUGAACGUUCUUGAAGCUUCGCAUAGAUUCUUUUGAACAUUCUUUAGAUGCGAAUGCUUUAACUACAACUAUUUUUAAAAGAAGGUGACCGAUUCUUCGCAGGCAACGAUAUUUUUCACCUUCGUUUUUUAUUAUCCUUAACUCUAUUCUAUUUUCUUGGUAUAUCGUUGAGCAAUAAAGACGCGUUAAUUAAUGUAAUUACAAUGACUGUAAAUUCAAGGAAUAUUCGCAUCGCUUCAAGAAUGUCCAAGAAUUGAAGAAGAUUGCUACAUGGUCAAAGAAAACAUCUCUCUGAAAUUCUCCGUGCUUGUGUUUUUUUAAUUAAAAAGAUACUUGUAGAAAAAAUCCUUCGUUAGUGGAAUUCAAUCUCCAUGUCGUAUAGUAACGAUUCAAAGUGACGAAUGCAUAUAUAUAUAUAUAUAUAUAUAUAUAUAUAUAUAUAUAUAUAUAUAUAUAUAUAUAUAUAUAUACACGACGAUAUAACCGACGAUACACUUGUUCUUCAUUUCUCUUUAAAAACUGUUGUGCGUGCGUGCUUAUUGUGCCCGCCGCGGAUAUGCAUUCUUUUAUUUGUUUCUCUCUCUCUCUCUCUCUCUCUCUCUCUCUCUCUCUCUUUUCCUCUCAUCUUUCGCUUCUUUAUUUCGCUUACCUUUUCGUCCAACCACCUCACAAAUGCAAAAGUUCUUUAAAAGACUUAUCAAGUUAACUCGGUUAUUUGAAACGCAUCAAUCUCUCUCUCUCUCUUUCCUUCUUUUAAAAUAUUUUUAAAGCUCAUCGAUUUGAAUUUAUUGACUGACCGAGUCAGCUCGACAAAGUAUUCGAUACGAGGGAAUUUCGAAUUUUCUAUUCUUCAAUUGUUCCACGAGAUUUCGCCGAAGAUCGUAUUACUUUAGAAAAUCUGGAGAAUUCACUUGUAGCAAUAUUACGGCCGCUUCAAAACAUGUACGGACCAUACACACGUUACCCCAUUUAUUGUUUGACAGAUUAUAAAAAGAAAAGCCAUUAGAGAGAUCAUUGAACAACAAGACUACAGAGACAAGGAUAACAACAACAACAAGAUCGAAUCAGAAGGCAACAUUGACAUUGUUCUUGUUUACUUCUUUGUCUCACGAGAGAAGGAGAGAUCAAAGGGAAAAAUAAUCAGAAAACUCGCUUAGAUCGAUUCGCAUCGACGUUUUCGUCGAUAUCAGGAGACGUGCCUUGCUUACCGUCUCAAGUCGACUAGAUAAUAGCUGGUAUCAUAAAUACACACAAAGAACAGAAUAUACCGAGCGAAUUUAUUCCGUUGCAAGACACACUUGAGUGCAUACUCGAUGCAGAGCCAAAGAUUUCUUAAACUCUGAUAGGGAAGUUGUUGCUUUUAUUCAUUUGCGUUUGCAUUCGUACGACAUCCACGCGUUGUUUAAUUAAGCUCGUCGAUUUGAUUUCUUAACUCAUUCUCUCAUUCUCUCUCUCUUUCUCUCUUUUUAUUUUUAAUGCAGUGACGAUACAUAUACAACCUUGCCAUUUGUUAAAUGCAUGUAAAUUUGCUCGUUGUUUAUAAGGAAAAAGGAGAUAAAGGAAGAGAAAGAGAGAGAAAGAGAGAGAGAGAGGAAGAGAGAGAGAGAGAGAGAGAGAGAGAGAGAGAGAGAGAGAG